AUGUCUGGUGGUGUGGUUUGCACAGAUCAGAAGAAAUCUAGCGCCAGAUUCAAGAAGAUUGCUUGCGACUCCGCAAAGAUGUCCCCUGAGCAGAAAAGGCGCUAUUUGAUGUUUGCCGAUCCCAGCGACCCAAAAGCCAGGGCCAUGCUGUCUACAGUGGUCCUGAAGGACCAGAAGAACGUCGCAGAGCAGGAAAAGACGACCGAGCAGAAGCAACUGGUUGGAAUCCUGAAGGCAGCCGAGGCUCGGACCCGCCUUCGAAACUCAAGACUCCAGUAUCAGAAUUUGAGAGCACAAGAGAUCCACUUCCUAAUCUCCUUCCAGAGGACUGCCAAAGGUGCUGUGAGACUGGAGGUGUUCCUCCCACCCAGGAAGAACCUUGCAAAACUGACUGACUGCAUGGACACCGUUCAGAGGAGACGAAUUGAACAGAUACUGGAAGAUGAAAACGGCGAGAUUUUUAUCCGAAGACCUUGA